AUGUUUUUGCUCCGAGUCCACUCAGUGGACGCCGACCACCCUCUGGAUCCCCUAACCAUCUUCCAAUCCCAAUCACAUUCCCAAUCCAGCAACCCUAAAUUCAGCGAACGCAGAGGCGUCCUUCACUUGUUCCGAACCUCUCCCCACUCCUCCCUACCAAUCCAAACCUCCCCAUCCUCUCUCCUCUUCAUCCUCGCCGUCCCCAACUACCUGUCCUUCCACGAUUUCAUCCCUUUCUGCGGGCCCCACCUCGACAACCUCCACCACCUUCUCUUCAUCAGGUUCCCUUCAUUUCCACUCUCUCACUUCUCCGUUUCAUGCAAACCCCAACUAACCCUUUCUUUUCACGUCCCCUGCAGGAACGACGGGACCGAAGAUCGUUAUAGCGUAUUGAUCAAGUUUGCCGAUCAGUUUGCCGCCGACGAAUUUUACAGCAAUUUCAAUGGCAAGAAAUUUUCUCCCGCUGAGGCAGAGGUGUGCCAUAUUUUGUUUUUGCAAUCUGUGGAGUAUUCGGAGUUUGCAGAAGUUGCUGGGACUCCUCCUCCUAGUUGUACGGAAAUACCAACUUGUCCAGUUUGUCUUGAGAGGUUGGACCCUGAUACUAGUGGGAUAAUCACAACACUUUGUGACCACUCAUUUCAAUGCCCUUGUGUCUCCAAGUGGACGUACUUGUCUUGCCAGGUUUGUCAAUUCUGUCAGCAACAGGAUGAGAAACCAACCUGUUUUAUUUGUGGAACUGUAGAUGAUCUCUGGGUUUGUAUGAUUUGUGGAUUUGUUGGAUGUGGAAGAUAUAAAGAAGGACAUGCUAUUCAGCAUUGGAAAUAUACUCAGCAUUGCUAUUCUCUUGAUUUUAAAACACAGCAAAUUUGGGAUUAUGUGGGUGACAGUUAUGUACAUCGGUUGAACCAUAACCAGUCUAAAAUUGAUGGCAAGUUGGAGGAGAUGAAUUUUCGCUGUUUGUCACUGGAAGGAGAUUGUGAUAUGUGUGAAUGCCGUGAAGAUUUAGGAAUGAAUGGGGCCCUUUUUAACAGCAAAGUUGAAACGAUUGUGGAUGAAUACAACCGUCUUCUUACAUCUCAGUUGGAAACACAAAGACAAUAUUAUGAAUCUUUACUAGUAGAGGCAAGAAGUAAAAUGGAAAAUUCCAUGUCUGAAGCAGUGGAGAAAGCUGCAGCUUCUGAACUGCAGGAUAUCCAAAAUGAACUGGAAAAGUGGACAGAAGAAAGAAAUGCCAUUGCUGAGGUCAAUCAGAAACUCAUAAAAAAUCAAGAGAUAUGGCGAAAGAAAGUUAAAGAAGCUGAAGAGAGGGAAGCUACAUCAACUAAAGCGAUGAAUGAGAGGGUAAUUGAUUUGGAGGAACAGAUUAGAGAUAUCAAGAUCUUUCUAGAAGCGCAAAAAACAAUUGAUAAAAUGUCAGAUUCAAAUGGAAUCAAGGAUGGCACAGUCCUUCCUGUGGCUUAUGAGCAAUCUUCUCCUAGCCACAGUAAAAGAAACAGAAAGUCUGGUCGAAGGCGGAAUUAG